AUGGCAGACGACCUCGACCUGGACAUGGCCAUCGAGCCGCUGACCCCGGCGCCGCAACCCUCCGAGCCCGCCACUGCCGCCGCUGCCUCAGCGACCCCAGAGCCGAAUGAGGGCGGUAACAAGUCGCGCUCAGUCACCCGCGUCCAGCCAGGGUUCAUCACGCCCGAGGGCGCUGGUGCGCGCGUCUCGCGCUCCAUCGGCCUUCCCUCGCUGUGGAAUCUGAGCCCCUUCCUCAUCCUCGAUUACUGCGACAUUGAACCGGGACAGGGGUUCCCCGACCAUCCGCACCGGGGCAUGGCCACGGUCACAAUGGUGCUGGACGGCCAGGUUACACACGAGGACCACCUCGGCCACACGGGCACACUGGGGCAGGGCGACCUGCAAUGGAUGAUUGCGGGUCGGGGUCUGGUCCACUCCGAAAUGCCAGUGGGCGCAGCCCGCGCACUGCAACUCUGGAUCGACCUCCCCGCGGCGCGCAAGAUGAUGAAGCCGCGGUACGUGGACCGCAAGUCCUCGCAGAUCCCCUCGGUGCCGCUUCUCGACUCUUCCUCUGCUGAAGUAGGGUCAGCAAGGGUCAUCGCGGGCGAGGUGGGCGACACCAAAGGCUCGGUCCGGGACACAGUGAACGAGAUCCUCCUGCUGGACCUCACGCUGCGGGGGGAGACCUUUGUCGCCGUGCCCGCGUCAUGGACCUGCUUCGUGUACGCCACUGAGGGAAGUAUCAGUGUGGGAGGGAAGAAGGUGAAGGCGCAGGAAUGCGCCGUGCUCUCAACGUCUGAGGGCGAGACGGGCGUCCACAUCGAAGCUGGGGGAAAGGGAGCUAGAGUGCUUCUCGGUGCGUCUCCACCCCUGCACCAGGAACUGGUCAUGCAAGGCCCGUUCGCAGUGACGUCGCGCGAUGCGGCGGGCAAGGCGCUCGCCGACUUCCGAGACGGGAGGAACGGGUUCGAGAAGGCACUCGGGUGGCGGAGCAAGACAGGGCAGGCUGUGUCCUCUGGGGCCAAGGGGAAGGGAGGCAAGGGCGGGAAGGGAAAGAAGGCGAAGAGGGGACGGCGGGGAGAUGACAGUGACGACGACUAG